AUGAGCUCAUAUCUAAGCUUCCAAUGGCCCAACCCCCAGGGCGUCUGCUGCUACCGCUCCUUCGACAACCCCAACGACCACUCCAUCAUCGCCAUUAAAGUCCCCUGGCUUCAAUGGCCCAACGACCCGCUCGAGGAUGUCCAUUCACCCUGGUGGGUAAUUCAAGAUAAAUCUCUCGCAGCUGUUAGGCUCUGGAAGAAGAUUCUUCACGAGAGGCUUUCGAGUGAGACGUAUCAUAAGCAUAUGAAGAUCAGUAGUAUCGUUCUUAUGAAUGAACAACUUAGACUGACUAUAGAUGAUUUGGGGGAUGGAGAUGAUCACCUGAAGUUGUUCUAUGGCUUUGCCGCUGAUGAGAUUGCAAAGAUGAAAGAGGUCAAGGGGUUGGAUCUUGGGAAGGAUGUUGUGAAGUGGGUUGGGAAUGGGAGAGAUGCUGUUCCUGUUUUCAGGAGGGUUAGGACGAGAAGUACAGAUCUUGUCUAA